ACACUACGGAGCGUACAUCCGCGCCGAAACGUGUCUCACACAAACAUAAGACUUUUUAGUCUCAGUUUGUUUUACCUGUUUGUUUAAUAAACAAUUUAUCAAAUUGAAUAAAAUGUCAAAAAUCGUGAUCCUUCUUUUGCUGGUCACCGUCGCUUGUCAAGGAUUCCCCACAGACCCAAAUGAGGACUUGGCAACUUUAGCAGCUCGAGGCGAUUGGGACGCCGUCCAUAGGCUGAUCAACACACGAUUCAGCAGAAAGGAUAUAUGGGCGCCGUCGCCAGAGUCAACUGGAAAUGUGAAGAGUCUCAAACCAGUAGAGGGAGGGGAGGUAUACGGCGAGGCUGAGUACACCUUCCACUCCUCGUCUAAUGUCAACGGGCAGAAGACAGAGUCCAGCGGCGGGCACAAGGUCAUCAACGACAAUGGGAGAAUCCAAGAGUUCGACUUCCAACCGAAAUAUUAGCGACCACAAAGGCUGUAGAUGUUUGAGUUUUGUUGUAAUAAA